GCCACCGGCCGCUAGCUCGUAUCUCAGCUGGAGGAGGUUAGCCCGCUAGCUAAGCAGCCCUCCAUCCACCUGACUACGGACUCGUUCGCCAACGCGUGUCCGACCGCUAUGACGUGGUCGUCGGGAAAAGCCCUGACGAGCUCCGCCGCCGGAUGAGACGGGAGCCGCUCGAGUUCGCGUGUGCUAAACGGGGCCCGAGGCGGGCGGGCGGGCGGAUGGAGCCCCCGCGCGACCUAAGCCCGAAGCGGUCAUUCGACGGCGGUCGGCGAGCGUGUUCCCGCACCAACGGUUGGAGCUGGCCUCCUCAUCCCUUGCAGCUCCUGGCCUGGCUCCUCUACGCCUACUUUGCGGCAGUGGGCCUUGGCGUCCUGGUGCCCCUCUUGCCAGCGCACUGGCUGCCUGCCGGCUACAUCUGCACCGGUGUGAUGUUGGCGUGUCAUCUUUGCGCCCACGUCCUGGCGGUCAGCGUGGACCCGGCCGACCGCAACGUCCGAGCCAAGGGGCCGGGCAUGGAGCCUCCGCCGCCUUUCUCCCGGGACCGCGCCUCGGUCGGACGACCCCGCGUCAUCGAGAACUGCCACUGCUACCUCUGCCGGGUGGACGUGGGGCCCAAGUCGAAACACUGCAGCGCGUGCAACAAAUGCGUGGCCGACUUCGAUCAUCACUGUCGGUGGCUCAACAACUGCGUGGGGAGCAGGAACUACAGGUUGUUCCUGUAUAGCGUGGCAUCGGCCGUGUUGGGAGCGUGCGUCCUGCUGACCGUCUCUUCCUACGUUCUGAUGGCCUUUUUCCGGGAGCCCGACGAACGUCACUGGCGGGCGUUCAACCAGACGAAGUGGCCCGAAAGCGCGCCCGCCGCCGUGCCGGCACUAGCCGGCGUCACCGUGGCGCUGGCGUCGCUCGCCGCCGUGCUCCUCUGCCACCUGCUGGCCUUCCACUUUUACCUCAUGUGGAACAGGUUGAGCACGUACGAGUACAUCGUGCGUCAGCGCCACCGCCAGGAAGGGAGACGAAAGACGAGCCCGGAGGACGCCGAGCGAGCUGUCCCUCCCCAGGAAGCCGAGCGGCAGGAAAGUCCGAGGGGAAGUCCGGGAGGAAGUCUGAGCGCGAGUCCGAUGGAAAGUCCAGGCCCGGGCGUCGCCGUCGCACGGUCGUCGCUUCCGGAGCUCCGAGCCCUGCCCGCCAUUAACGCGCCGACGUCCGAGAAGAAAAGGACAACGCGUCAGAGCGCCCACCAGGGGGUCGUCCGGGCCGCCGCGCCUCCCGCCGAGUACUGCUCGGACUCUGCCGAGUCUCUGGAGGAGGUCCCCGUAUUGGCGCUGGCCCGGCUGGGCUCGCGGUCUCGCCGCCAGCCUUCUUUCCCGUUGGCGGGUUCCUGAGCCUCCCACAGAUGAUGGACCUCAAGUUAUGAGUUCGUGUGGUCACCUGCAAUGUUUUACGGAGCGUACACGACUAUGAUAACGAGGACGAAAACGUAAAAACUUAUCCAGGGAGCCUUAUCGGUGUUUUCGGGGGCUGAAAAAAGCGGAAAAUCAGACUUCCAGUGUGGAAACCUUGACAACAUUCCACCCUGUCGUCGCCGUCCGAACAGUAGAGACGGUACGCUCGAGCCUCCCUGCUGGAAUCCGAUUCGACCAAAUGAAGCGGAGGUGCGUCAAAGCCGUGUUCUGAAAAAUGGCGAGGCCUCAAAUGUCACAGACUUGUCGGCGAAUCGCAACGUUGCUGUGAGAAAAUUCAAACUCUGCCAAUACAAAAUGGCAGACUCACUUGAUUAUUCAGAUUUUUUACAAGCAAGAGAAAAUCACCAUCACACUUUAAUUACAUUUAACUCAUUCACAUAUAGUAGUUGUACACUAACAGUAUGAAAAAGAACCAACCGGUUGGUACCAAAAUCCACAGGAAGUGACCCGUAAAUGCCCCCCCCCCCCCCCCCCAAAAUAAAAAAAUAAAA